UUUGCACAGUGAAAUGCAGAAGCAUAUUUAUUUUUUAUUCUAAUUUGCACGUUUUUUACGCUAGAAUUUGUUGAUCUUAACGUAAAUUUGCUGUUGCGUGCAAGCAACUUACAUCGUUCCAAGUGCCCAGCUGUGGCCUGUCCAAUUUGACCGCAGUACAGCAAACACAUCUUUUCGCCUUGCCUUUGCCGGUUGGAAAAGAACGCCCAUCAACUAUUGCUUCAAAAGAUUUAUUAUAAGUGUGCUAAGUUGUUUUUUAAGUAUGAGUCGUCGCCGCGCACACGAUACUGAGGAUGAGAGCUAUGAUCAUAGGCGCAAUAAGCGCCGCCGCGUCUCAGAGAAUCAGGAAAUAGAGGAUCGCCUAGAGUCGCUUAUACUGCGUGUGGGCGAGCGCAGCACCUCGUCGGUGGAGUCGAAUCUCGAGGGACUUGUCUCAGUGCUUGAGGCUGAUUUGGGUACAUUUCGUCUUAAGAUUUUGCGCAUAUUGUCGGACUGUGCCGUACGCAUGCCAGAGAAAUGCACAGUGUAUACGACACUAGUGGGUCUAUUGAAUGCCAAAAACUACAAAUUCGGUGGCGAGUUUGUGGACCACAUGGUGAAAACGUUCAAGGAGUCACUCAAGUUCUGUCGCUGGGAUGCCGCACGCUACUCGUUGCGCUUUCUGGCUGAUUUGGUUAACUGCCACGUAAUCUCUGCAACUAGUUUGCUGCAGCUGCUGGAUACCAUGAUUGAUGUGUCCAAUGAGGAUACAAAUCCGCAGGUGAGACGUGACUGGUUUGUGUUUGCGGUGCUAGCCACGCUGCCCUGGGUGGGACGCGAUCUGUACGAAAAGAAGGAGUCGGCGCUGGAGUCACUGCUGCUGCGCAUUGAAGUCUAUUUGAACAAGCGUUCCAAGAAGCAUCACAAUGCGCUGCGCGUUUGGUCCUCGGAUGCACCGCAUCCACAGGAGGAGUACUUGGACUGCCUGUGGGCACAGAUACGCAAGCUGCGCCAGGAUAACUGGGCCGAGAAGCAUAUACCACGUCCGUACCUGGUCUUCGACUCCAUACUCUGUGAGGCACUGCAGCAUAAUCUGCCACAGAUAACACCACCGCCGCACAACGAUAACUUUGUGUAUCCCAUGCCCUGGGUGGUAUACCGCAUGUUUGACUACACCGAUUGCCCAGAUGGACCCAAUCUGCCAGGCGCCCACUCCAUCGAGCGCUUUCUGAUUGAGGAGCAUCUGCAUCACAUUAUCGAGACGCAUCAUCAUGAGCGCAAGGACUGCGCUGCCCAGCUGCUCAACUUUCCGUUCAAGCAUAAAAUACCGCUCGAGUACUGCAUUGUUGAAGUUAUCUUUGCCGAGCUCUUCCACAUGCCGACGCCACGCUAUCUGGACAUCUGCUAUGGCUCCAUACUGAUCGAGCUCUGCAAACUGCAGCCAGGCACACUGCCCCAGGUGCUGGCCCAAGCCACCGAGAUACUGUUCAUGCGCAUCGAUUCAAUGAACACUUCGUGCUUCGAUCGCUUUGUCAAUUGGUUCAGCUACCAUUUGAGUAACUUUAAGUUCACCUGGUCCUGGGACGAGUGGGACAGCUGCCUGCUGCUCGACUGCGAGCAUCCACGUCCAAAGUUCAUACAAGAGGUGCUACAGAAAUGCCUGCGCUUGUCCUAUCAUCAGCGCAUCACUGAGAUGAUGCCCACCACAUAUGGCAAGCUCAUACCGGUGACGCCGGUGCCCAACUACAAGUACGCCAACGAGGAUGCAGCUAAUCUGCCUGGCACUGCUGUGGCGCAUCAACUGGUGGUGGCCAUUCGACAAAAGUGCACACCCGAGGAGGUUGUCAAUAUCCUAAAGGAAAUACCCAACAGCGGCUACAGCGGCGAGGAGAUGUCCGAUGGCAGCUUCAAUGCGCUCAAAAUUGAUGUCUUUGUCCAGACGCUGCUCAAUCUGGGCUCGAAAUCGUUUUCGCACAGCUUUGCUGCCAUCUCCAAGUUCCAUGUCGUCUUUCGUGCCCUGGCCGAGACGGAGGAGGCGCAGAUUUGCAUAUUGCACAACAUCUUUGAGUUGUGGUCAACGCAUCAGCAGAUGAUGGUCGUGCUGAUUGAUAAGCUGCUGAAACUGCAAAUCGUUGACUGCUCAGCGGUGGCCACCUGGAUAUUCUCCAAGGAGAUGACGAGCGAGUUUACCAAAAUGUAUCUCUGGGAGAUUCUGCACUUGACGGUCAAGAAGAUGAACAAACAUGUCAUCAAACUAAAUACUGAGCUAGCGGAUGCUAAGGAUAAGCUUUCCAAGGCAGACUCUUCCUCCAGCGACACGGAUGAGGACUCGUCGCAUAAGCGCAAGAAGCCCAUAACACAUUCGGAUAAACCCUCAGAGGAGCUGGUCGAGCGCAUGGAGGAGAAACUGGAAGCAGCCAAUGUCAAUCAGAAGCGUCUGUUUCUGAUUGUCUUUCAGCGCUUUAUCAUGAUACUCUCGGAGCAUUUGCUGCGCUCCGAUACAGAUGGUCUUGAUCCGGACACAGACUGGUACCGCUGGACCAUUGGACGUCUGCAGCAGGUCUUCCUCAUGCAUCAUGAGCAAGUGCAAAAGUACAGCAGCACCUUGGAAACGUUGCUCUUUACCUCAGAUCUGGACUCGCAUAUACUGGAGGUCUUCCAGCAGUUUGUUGCCCUGCGUGCCUAAACAGCGCCUCUCCAUAGGCGUCAUAAACAGUUAACAACAACAGCAUUUGCAUUUGCUCGGCGUCGCUUUUUAGCCUAUAACAAUUUUUUGUAUAUAAUUGCAUUC